AUGAGCAAGCAAUUCCUAUGUAUCCACGCCGGUCUUUCACCAGAGCUGAACACUUUGGAUGAUAUCAGAGCGAUUGACCUGUUCCGUGAGCCUCCGACACACGGGCUGAUGUGCGAUAUUUUAUGGUCAAUUCCUGUCGAAGACUUUGGGCAAGAGAAGAUGAAUGAAAGCUUCGUUCAUAAUCAUGUUCGUGGUUGUUCCUACUUCUUCACUUACCUCUUAGUUCAUCAUCUUCUUUCGAUCAUUCGCGCACAUGAAGCGCAAGAUGCCGGAUACCGCUUGUACCGGAAGACACAUACCACAGGCUUCCCUUCUGUCACGACAAUCUUUUCUACUCCCAACUACCUCGACGUGUACAACAAAAAAGCCGCCGUCCCGAAGUACGAGAGCAACGUGAUGACCAUUCGGCAGUUUAACUGCACGCCUCAUCCGUACUGGCUAUCUAACUUCAUGGACGUGUUUACAUGGAGUUUACCCUUUGUAGGAGAGAAAAUCACGGAUAUGCUUGUCCCUGUGCACAGUAAAGAGAAGCUCGAGGAGUCUGAUAAGGAAAAUGUUGUUUCACCAGUAGCUCAUCACGAAGAAGCGAGGCGAAAGAUCAUCAAAAAUAAGAUCCUUGCAGUUGAUCGGAUGGCGCGUGUGUUUGCUCUUCUCCGAGGAGUCGGUGAAGGUUUCAGAUCAUCUGGUUCUAGCGAGUUGCCAUACGGCACACUAGCGUUGGGUACAGAGGGCAUUAAAGAUACCAUUUCCGGCUUCGAGAACGCGCGGAAGUCAGACAUCGAAAAUGAACAGCUCCCUCCAGAACUUUUCGAUGCUGAGGAGACAAAGGCUUUUCUGGCUCACGCACAACCUGGGUUGCUACCAACGACCCCAGCAGACAUCGUCGAGUUCCCUGUGUCUUCGGGUGGAGCCAGCGCUGGAUUGGACGCUUCGAUGUCGUCUGGAUCGCUCACGUCCUUACCCAGUCCCCUGAGCAGUGGACAGAUUGGUUCUCCGCGCAUCCCAUUCAACACGCUAUUCAAGGGCAGGCAUGGUCGGGAGGCUUCACUUGGGACAACGAUGACGAGGUGCCAGAGUUUGGAGAGCACGAAUUCGACGAUUCGGGAAGCGCUCGGUGGAAAAGACUUGGAAACUUGUGGGCUUCCUGGAAAUGGAUCGUCUUAUUGGGGUGGGAGCUAUUCUUCCCAUAGUUGA